UAAAUAUUCUCCAAGUAAAACUACUCCAUCUAUUUAUUUAUCUAUUUUUAUUUAUAAUAAUAAAUAUAUGUUUUCAUCAAUAGUAUUAUUUGUAUCAUUUUAAUUAUUUUCUUAUAAUUUACUUUUUUUUUAAAAAAUUUUAAUUUUUUCAAUUCAAUUUUAAAUAAUUUUUUUAUUUAUUUUUAUUUAUCCAUUUUUUUAUUCAUUCUAUAAUAACUAUAUGUAUAUUAUAACUUUUUAUUUUAGAAAAUGAUAGUUAAUACCCCAAUCAACCAAAAUCAGUAUAUUAAAUUACUUGAAGAUUAUAUUGAAAAUCCAAGUAUAUUUAAUAACAAAGAUAAUAAAAUCCCAUUUAAUACACCAAAAAACAACCUUUGUUUAUUUGACAUUCACGUUGAUGAAUGGAAAAAUCUAAUUUCUGAUAUAAUCAAUAUCAACCCAGAAUCAAAUAAAAACAAUGAUAUUGAUUUUGGCUUCAAUUUUAUGUGGGGGAAAUUAUUUUUAAAUAAUAAACAUUAUAUUACAAAAGAACUUUUUGUAAGAAAUAUGGAAAAACUUUAUAAAGAUAUCGAAAUGGGUCUCGGUGAAGAAUUAGAAAAAUCUGCAGUCGAAUGGUUAAAUAAAAAGCUUUCGGGUAUUCAUAACUGUGGUAAUCAUUUUAAUGACUUAUUAGUUAUUUAUAUGAACAAACAGUGUAAAGUUUAUGGAAAGAAAUCAAACCUUUUAAACAAAUACCAACCAAAGCCACUAUUAGAAAAAUACUUAAUGCUUAGUGAUGAACAAUUAAAGUCAACCAUCAUUCAACAAUUCAAUUCUUUCAAAUCAUUACUUGAAGAAACAAUUCUUUUUUCCUCAUCAAAAAUGCACUCUCAUCUUUUUGGAAACCUCUUAUCUAUUUUAAUGUUAAUCUACUCAACAGCAAUGAGAGAUUCAAUUCACUACGGUUUAUCUUGGGGUCUAAGCAAAGAUUUAUUAGAAUAUAAUGAAGAAUUAGACCAAGAUAAUAACACUUUAAAGGAACAAUUACAUAGAUCUAUUAUGGAUUUCCAUAAAAACAUUGGCGAAUGUUGUAAUAAGUUUUGCUUAUCUGCCAUUAGACCAGCCACAACCAUUAUCCCAUGGAUGAACUUACCAUUCAACAGUCAUAACAUCUAUGGUCGUAUUAAUGAGUUAGAUUUAGUACAAUACCCAUCACCAGUUCAAAGAUUAGGUGAUGAAUAUGGAUCAACAAUUGUCAACUGCCAAGACGAAAAAGGAGUUGUUAAAACCUUCAAAGUCCCACCACACUUUUUUAACAAAAGCCAUGGAUCAGGUCACAUCGAUUGUGUUAGCGGUUUUAAUCCAGUAUGGGAAACAUUCCACACAAUAGGUGAUUUCAUUAACUUUAAUAUUAUCAGGGAUGGUGGCAGUAAACCAAUCAAUUCCUAUUCAAUUAGAUUACAUCUCUCCUCGUUGUAUGAAGGCGACUCUUAUUUAAGAGUUAAAGUUGGCUCAUCUGAUGUUCAAACAAUCAAUACUAAAGAUUUAGAUAAAAACCUUACUAGUUUCCAAGUUAUGAAUUUCAAGAUGCUUUAUAACAUCAACUUACCAUAUGGCACAUCUCAAUUAGAAGGUAACAAUUUAAAUAACCAAAGAAUUUUAGAUUUCAAAAUUUUUGAUAUUUGCAAUGUUGUUAUCAAUUCAAUCGAUAUUACUUUAGAAUAAAUUUCAAAUCAACUCUUUGUAUAGAAGUAUAUUUAUUUUAUAAAAUAUUAUAAAUUAUAACAAUUUUAAUAAAAUAAAUAAAAAUAAAUCGAAUUGUUUUUUUUUUAGAUU